AGAAGAAGAAGCAAAAGUCAACAUGGUCUAUCCAGACCAAGCAGCAGGUACGUCAUCAGCAACGCAAACAGGAGGACGCGGAUCUCGGGGAUUUCGCGGAGGAAGAGGAUCCCGAGGAGGAUUUCGCGGAGGAAGAGGAUCUCGCGGAGGACGUGGAGGCUACAGUAGUGAUAAUAGUGAUAGAAACAUCACAUGCAGAUGUUGCGGAAAAAUCGGGCAUAAAAUGGCCAACUGUUGGCACAAUAAUGGUACUAAUGGUAAUAACAAUGGUCCUAACAACGCUAAUAAUAACAAUAGCAACAUGAACUGUCAUUCAUGCGGGAAACCGGGGCAUUUCGCAAGAAACUGCAGAAAUAAAGGCGGUGCCACUAGCAGCGGUUUCUCAAUGCCAAAUGUCCCACCGGACCUCUACAAGGCCACUGUUCAAUGGUUCCUGAACCAGAAUAAAAAUAAUGGAGCCUCCACCAGCACUGACAAAACGGUACCGUUUGUACCAGAGAAAAAUCAGGAAAACUAGAGACAAUCUCCACG